GAACGCGAACCACCCAAACCGAGUGGAGAAAUUCGCCACGCCCAAAUGCUGCCGACCACCUGCCGCGCGCCGCCGUGCCCGUGGCCGCGGCCGCUCGCCGCCGGUAGAGCCAGGGGAGGCUAUGGCCUCGGCCGCGCUCGCGGGGUGAAGAGGAGAGCGGCGGCGGCGCGCGGGAUGGUGGUGCGGUGCGGGCUGCUCCCCGUGGACCCGUGGGCGCCCACCAUGGACUCCCAGAGCGUGGCGUCGCAGCUGUUCGCCGUCUCGCUCUUCCCCUACCUCGGCUUCCUCUACUUCAUGACCAGGUCCAAGACGGCGCCGGGACUCACGCUCUUCGGAUUCUACUUCCUCCUCGCCUUCGUCGGCGCCACCAUACCUGCUGGGAUAUAUGCAAAAGUUCAUUAUGGAACCUCGCUGUCUAACGUCGACUGGCUGCACGGGAGUGCAGAAUCACUACUUACUCUUACCAAUUUAUUCAUCGUGUUGGGGUUAAGGGGAGCCUUGAGGAAAUUGGAGGACACAAAAGAGAGCGCUUCUGAAGAAUCCCAGGACAUUAAAGAAAAAGGUUCUAUCUAGUUACUUUGUUUUAUAUUUUUAUCAGCACAGCUGAAGUCCCAUGUAGUGAUGUAGAAUGUAUAUUUCUUCUGCUAAAAAUCUUGUGUAAGGGUGCGCUGUACUGUAAGAAAUUAAGAACCCUCGAAGAUUUGCUCUGUGCAUAUGCUAAACCCUCGAAGACUUCCAAUUUCCAAAUA